AUGGUCAGGGAAAUUCGGCAGAUGGGUAUUCCCAUGUUAACCUCACCAAAUUUGUAUUUCCUGAGCACCAAGCUGUGGCGCAAUUUCUUAAGCAAAGCGAGCGGCUUCAUUCGACUGCCAGAUCCUUCUGUCAUUUUGCACCUGUCCGCUUUGAUAGCGUCUUCGAUCUUGAUUGGGCUUAAUAUUGCUCAAUACUUCAUCGGCAAAGAGCUCCAAGGCAAUAUCAAUCAGGAUGGCACAAAGAUGCUGGCAUUGCAAAUUACAGCAAAGGUCCACGAGUUGCUCAUGCUUGCCUCGCUCAGUAAAAUCCUUUGGUCCUUUGUGCUGGAUCAUCUUAUUACGUCCUCUGGCCUACCACUUUGUACCCUCUCGGCAGGAGAUCGGUUCGGCGACAUCUCAUAUUUAUGGUCACGGGAAUUUCGGACCGCCCUGAGAGCUUCUUUCCGGGGCAAAAACAUCAUUCUUCCUCUCGCCGUUGUUUGCACAAUUCUUGGUAUCAUUGUGGGACCUGCUUCCGCAACAGCAAUGGCUCCCAACCUUCAGGAUUGGCCCGCUGGACAAAUUACUAUUCCGUUGAACCUUUCCCGAGAUAGAGUGUCCCCCAUGAUUCUCGAUCAAGACUCAAUGCCCGAUAUGAAGUGCACAGAAUUAUGGCAAGAUUGCAACCCCAGUAGGACAUGGUCCCCAUUGACAACCAACUUCUUCUCCUUCUGGGGUCAGACGGGGUUUGACCGUCUCCAGGGUAUGCCUGAGUUGGUCAAUCUACCCGGUAGUCAAGCAGUCCGAACAUUGCGAGCGCGCUUCCGUGGACCCUUCAGCCUUUACCAGCCCCAGUAUACUUCAGCCACCGUGCAGCCAGUCUGGGCCGCUAACAAGGUGAAUGGCCUCAGGUUAUUAUGGUUUCGCAACAAUGAUACAAAGUGCCAUCGAAGAUAUGGGGGAUAUUGCAAUUACAAAGACAUCACAUGGGCGAUCCCGAUUCUACAGCCAGUGGUGCGGACAUUGUGCGCCCGUGCCCACAAUAUCUCAGAGCUUCUAUUUCCUAUUAUGGUUGAGGAUGUCAAUGUUCAAGCAGGAAGCUCUCUGAAUACACGGCCUCUUGGUCAACUCACUACACCACCGUUUCAACUGACCGCGGUUGGCAACAACUCAUCCUCUCAGACGUCUGUCGGAGCACUCGUGCAAGUAUCAAACCCGAACGGCACCGACCCAUUGUUUUAUACAUGCAGUAUCCAUGCCGAUUGGGCGACAUCCAGCGUCUCGACUACAUUUUUAGGCUCGCCAUUCGUGGUCGAUGGUUAUCCUCCAGACUUUUUCGAGCCAAACUCAGAAGGCAGUACAUAUUCUGGCACGCGGAUCCAAAUCAACCCAUCAUGGGGUGCGGCGUUGAAUCCAGUUGUUGACAGCAUCUCGAAUAAAACAGCCUUUGACGUCCUCUACUCUGCCGGGUAUAUGCCUAUAACCAGUGCCGAUGCGCAGUCGAAAAUCGAGGCCAUUCUAGCCGUGCUCAUCGCCGAAGGCAUGUCAUGGAUCGGGUCAGAAGCAGACGUCGGCACCGGAAUCUCCGAAAACAACUUGGCCUCAAUGACGUGGGAUAAGCUUCCUCAGCUCGAGUCUGUCCCCGAUGCCCACAGAUUCACCUUUGCGACCUCUGUUCUCGGCUACGGCUAUGGGCUGCGCUCUGGUGAAACUUACUCCGUUGGCAGACUGCUGUCUUUGCUGACACUGGCCCUCUACUGUACAGUUGUCACAGCGUAUUUGAUCAUGCAAGUCGCAGGUAGCCGGCCACGUACGCCGGUCUGGGACAAUAUGCUUCAGAUGGUGUCGCUUGCGUUGCAGAGCCCAUUAGCCACCACUAGCCCGUCGAGUAUAGGAGACUCGAAAGGGAGGGCCCUCCUGAGAAGAAAAGUGAGGAUAAUCUUGCGCAACGGUCAUGCUGGAAUGGUGGUGGAAGGACAUCAAGGGCAAGGCUGCACGACCAAGUGA